AUGCCUGUCACCUCGGCCAUUUGCACACCCUUGCCUGGCGAAAAGGUCAAGGUGACCGAGGAUGGUUUUGUGGAGGUUCGCGGCUAUGCAUGGUCUGGGGGUGGUCGUCGUAUUGUUCGUGUAGACUUAACGGCUGAUAAAGGUAAAUCAUGGCAUGUUGCUACAUUGGAACAAGAAAAUGAACCCGAUGGACGCCUCUAUGGUUGGUCAUUGUGGACAAAUUCAUGCCAAACUCAAAGCCUGGUCAUGAGUUUUUUAAUAAAAGCAGCUGCAACAAAUAUAAGGAAUUCCUACACACCCGGUUUAAAAUGUUUGUCAACGGGUUUAUAUGGAAAACUCAAUCACAGCACAUCACAUGGUCAACAUAAACAGCAACAACAACAGUACAGAUAUGCCUCAGGUCAUACAAAAACAGCAAAAAAUCAAACUGCCGUUUACACACUUUUCACAGUGGGUGGCAUAACUUUGGGUUAUUUGUUUUUCGAUAAUUUGGAAAAAAUAAAACAAAUGGCGAAGGAAACAUCCAAAAGCAAUGCCACAGCUACAAAACUAACAGAACAACACACAUUCAAUUCGAACGAUACGAAUGAUGAAGAAGCCUUCAGGCAUUGGCAUUCAACGGAGCGUACAGAUUUGCCAACCUACAAAUUGGAAGAUGUACAAAAACACAAUACACUGGAAAAGGGUAUUUGGGUAACCUAUGGCAUUGGUGUAUACGAUAUCACCAAAUUUAUUCCCAAACAUCCGGGUAGUGAUAAAAUUAUGUUGGGUGCCGGCAGUGCCAUUGAUCCCUUCUGGGCGAUUUAUCAACAACACAACAAUAAGGAGAUUUUAACGCUAUUAGAAUCAUAUCGCAUUGGUAAUAUUUCACCUGAAGAUGAAGUAUCUACAGAUGAUAUGGGUUCACCAUGGGCUCUGGAACCAAAAAGACAUCCUCUCUUAAAGCCAGCUUCGGAAAGGCCAUUUAAUGCUGAGCCACCAUUAACCAUUUUGGCAGAGAAUUUCUAUACACCCAAUGAGUUUUUCUAUGUUAGGAAUCAUUUGCCAGUGCCGGCUAUUGAUGUCAAAACCUAUGAAUUGGAAGUGGAAGUAGAAACAGAGAAAGCAGGAGCUACAAACAAACAAAAGGUAUUGAAAUUUGAAGAUAUCAAGGCAUUGCCGAAGCAUAGUGUUACCGCAGCCAUUAUGUGUGGUGGAAAUCGACGUUCGGAAAUGACUGAGGUGAAGGGUGUUAAGGGACUGUCAUGGGGUGCUGGUGCUGUGGGCAAUGCCAAAUGGUCGGGAGCCCGUUUACGUGAUGUGCUUUUGGCCAUGGGUGUACAACCCAAUGAAAAUCUUCAUGUCAUACUUGAAGGUGCUGAUUUAGAUCCCACUUCAAAUCCUUAUGGUGCCUCGAUCCCUCUCUCCAAGGCAUUGGAUGAAAGAGGUGAUGUAAUUUUGGCCUAUGAAAUGAAUGACAAGCCCCUCAAUCGUGAUCAUGGUUUCCCCAUACGUGUUAUAGUGCCAGGUACUGUGGGUGCCCGCAACGUUAAAUGGUUAACACGAAUUGUUGUCGCCGACCAUGAAUCCAAUUCCCAUUGGCAACAGAAUGAUUAUAAAGGUUUCAGCCCCAGCACCGACUGGGAUACGGUUGAUUUUACCAAAUCACCAGCCAUACAAGCUAUGCCUGUCACCUCGGCCAUUUGCACACCCUUGCCUGGCGAAAAGGUCAAGGUGACCGAAGAUGGUUUUGUGGAGGUUCGCGGCUAUGCAUGGUCUGGUGGUGGUCGUCGUAUUGUUCGUGUAGACUUAACGGCUGAUAAAGGUAAAUCAUGGCAUGUUGCUACAUUGGAACAAGAAAAUGAACCCGAUGGACGCCACUAUGGUUGGUCAUUGUGGACAGCACGCAUUCCCGUCGAUGCCAAACUCAAAGGUGAAGAAGUUGAAAUUUGGUCAAAGGCUGUCGAUUCAGCGUACAAUGUCCAACCAGAAUCAUUUGCAAAUAUUUGGAAUUUAAGAGGUGUCCUUUCGAAUGCCUAUCAUCGUGUAAAGGUUUUGUUGAAUUAAUGUU